AUGAAUAACUCCACGAACAUAAGUUAUUUGGAGGACAGAAUGACCCUGCCAAGUCCUUAUAAAACAGUUGAGGUUGUCUUCAUUGUCCUGGUGGCUGGGUCCCUCAGCCUGGUAACCAUCAUUGGGAACAUCCUGGUUAUGGUGUCCAUAAAAGUCAACAGGCACCUACAAACUGUCAACAAUUACUUUCUUUUCAGCUUGGCCUGCGCUGAUUUGAUCAUUGGUGUCUUUUCCAUGAACCUGUACACACUUUACACUGUGACAGGCUCUUGGCCAUUAGGACCUGUGGUCUGUGACUUGUGGUUGGCCCUUGACUAUGUGGUCAGCAAUGCUUCUGUCAUGAAUCUUCUCAUAAUCAGUUUUGACAGGUAUUUUUGUGUGACCAAACCCCUGACCUAUCCUGUCAGGCGGACCACUAAGACGGCAGGGAUGAUGAUUGCAGCUGCCUGGGUUCUUUCUUUUAUCUUAUGGGCACCUGCAAUUCUUUUUUGGCAGUUUAUUGUAGGAGAACGGACGGUACCUGAUAAGGAAUGCUACAUCCAGUUCCUUUCCAAUGCAGCUGUCACCUUUGGCACAGCUAUUGCAGCUUUCUAUCUGCCUGUUGUGAUCAUGACCAUUCUAUACUGGCAAAUAUCCCGUGCUAGUAGGAGCAGGGUUAAAAAAGACAAAAAAGAGGGAGGCCAAAACCAGGAUCCAGCAUCACCAAGUUUAGUUCAAGGUAAAAUAGGGAAACCAAAUAACAACAACCUCCCAACCAAUGAAGAUGGGACUGAACACAAUAAAAUCCUGAACGGUAAAGCCACUGGGGAGCCAGUCAUGGAGAACUGUGUUCCAGCAGAAGAAAAAGAGAGCUCAAAUGACUCCACUUCUGUCAGUGCAGGUGCUUCCAAUGUGAAAGAGGAUGAAGCAAUCACAGAGAAUCCCAGAGCUUCUGUCUCCCAAGUUAAUGCAAAAGUGGAGAAUUCUAAAUUGACGUGCAUUCGGAUACUCACCAAGUCCCCCAAAGGAAAUUACGGUGGUGGCUCUACUAAUACUGCCGUGGAGAUUGUCGCCACGGAUGGACAAAAUGGAGAGGAGAAGCAGAACAUUGUAGCGCGUAAGAUUGUCAAGAUGACAAAACAGCCUGCCAAAAAGAAGGCCCCUCCUUCCAGGGAGAAAAAAGUGACCAGGACUAUUUUGGCUAUUCUGCUGGCCUUCAUCAUUACGUGGACACCAUACAAUGUCAUGGUACUCAUCAACAGCUUCUGUUCCUCUUGUAUUCCCAACACAGUAUGGACCAUUGGUUACUGGUUAUGCUACAUCAAUAGCACCAUCAACCCUGCUUGCUAUGCUCUCUGCAAUGCUACUUUCAAGAAAACCUUUAAGCAUCUCCUUAUGUGUAACUACAAGAACAUAGGAGCCACGAGGUAA